GACCCAAAAAGGAAGUAACAGUUGUGUGAGCAUAUUUGCCUUCUGUCAUGCACUUUGGGGCGGUAGUAGUAAGACUAGUUGGACAUUGCAAUUUGCACCCCCCAAACACACCACAUUAAAACUCUCUUUCUCUCUCUUUCUUCUCCCAAUUCACAUUCCUUUUUUCUUCUCUUUAGGGUUUGGUUUUCUCUCUCAUCCCUCAUCAUAGCUCCAGAUUCAGAAUCUCCCCAUCUUCCCCUUCUUAAAACAGUUAAAACUCCCAUUUCCCUUUUAUUUCUCAACAACUCAGCUAACUCAGUUCCAACUCGCCGGGUUGACUCACCCCCUUUUCGUCUCCGUCAAACUCAUUUUCUCCGUGUGAGUUCCACCUCUCUCUCUCUCUCUCACCAUUAAACCCUUUCGUUUUAUUUAUUUUCUUCUCUUCUUUCUACCUCUUUGUUCCUAUUUCGUUUCUUUCUAGUGUUUUCGGUUGGUGUUGUUCGCUGAACUUCGAAAUGCACAAUUUCCAAUGUUGGGUUCCGGGUUGAUUUUGAACACCGUUUCUCGAUGAUUCCGAUGGAAAAUAAAAAUAUUCAUAAAUUAAGCAAACCAAGGAAAACCCUGAUCUGGUUCACUUAGCAGGAAAAGAAAAUUGUUAUUCUCCCUGUGUUUGGCUUUGGAUUGUUGAGGGGUUUCUUUAUUUAUUUUUGCAAAUUUGAAUGGCUGGUUCUGCGAACCUCAAUGGUGAUAGUAGAAUUGAGAAUCUGAUUUCUGCUAGGAAGUCAUUGAAGCUUAGCUUAGAGAAAUCAAGGUCUUUAGGGUUAGCAUUGGAGAAAGCAGGGCCUAGAUUGGAGGAGAUUGGGCAAAGAUUGCCCUCGCUUGAAGCUGCGGUUCGCCCAAUUCGCGCCGAUAAGGAUGCUCUGGUGGCCGUCGGCGGCCACAUUAAUCGCGCCGUUGGUCCUGCGGCCGCGGUGCUUAAGGUAUUUGAUGCCGUUCAUGGCCUUGAAAAGUCGCUCUUGUCGGAUCCGAGAAAUGAUCUGGCUGGAUACAUGGCGGUGUUGAAGCGCCUUGAGGAGGCACUGAGGUUCUUGGGAGAGAAUUGUGGGUUGGCAAUUCAAUGGCUGGAGGAUAUAGUGGAGUAUUUGGAGGAUAACACGGUUGCGGACGAGAGGUAUCUCGCGAAUUUGAAGAAGGCGUUGAAGAAUCUUAGGGAGUUGCAGAAUGAUGAGGAGAAGGCGCGGCUUGAUGGCGGGCUUUUGGAAGCUGCAUUGGAUAAAUUGGAGAAUGAGUUCCGCCAGCUCUUGACUGAGAAUAGUGUGCCGCUUCCAAUGGCGGCUGCGCUUGGUGAUCAAGCGUGCAUUGCACCAUCGCCUUUGCCAGUAUCUGUUAUUCACAAGUUGCAAGCUAUUCUUGGUAGACUGAAAGCUAAUAAUAGACUUGAGAAGUGCAUAUCGAUUUAUGUUGAAGUCCGUAGUUCUAAUGUGAGAGCCAGUUUGCAGGCUCUCAAUUUGGAUUACCUUGAAAUUUCGGUGUCUGAAUUCAAUGAUGUGCAGAGCAUAGAGGGGUAUAUAGGGCAAUGGGGAAAACAUUUAGAAUUUGCAGUGAAACAUUUGUUCGAGGCCGAGUAUAAGCUUUGUAAUGAUGUAUAUGAGAGGAUGGGGCUCGAUGUUUGGAUGGGUUGUUUUUCGAGGAUAGCUGCGCAGGCUGGUAUACUAGCAUUUCUUCAAUUUGGGAAGACUGUCACGGAGAGUAAGAAAGACCCCAUUAAACUUUUGAAGUUGUUGGAUAUUUUUGCGUCUUUGAACAAGUUGAGGCUUGAUUUCAACCGUCUAUUUGGAGGAGCAGCAUGUGCUGAAAUCCAGAAUUUGACUAGGGAUCUUAUUAAGAGUGUCAUUGAUGGUGCGGCAGAGAUUUUCUGGGAACUUCUGCUACAGGUGGAGUUGCAGAGGCAGAGUCCACCCCCUCUAGACGGCAAUGUUCCGAGAUUGGUGAGUUUUAUCACCGAUUACUGUAACAAAUUACUUGGUGAUGACUAUAAGCCAAUAUUGACACAGGUCUUGAUCAUUCACCGAAGUUGGAAGCGUCAGAGCUUUCAGGAGAAACUUCUUGUUACUGAAAUUUUGAACAUUGUGAAAGCUGUUGAACUGAAUUUGGAGACAUGGAUCAAGGCUUAUGAAGAUCCUAUGUUGACGAACUUCUUCGCUAUGAACAAUCACUGGCACCUUUACAAACAUUUGAAAGGGACCAAGCUUGGGGAUCUCUUGGGAGAUUCUUGGUUAAGGGAACAUGAAAAUUACAAAGAAUAUUACUCGACAAUCUUCUUGCGAGAGAGCUGGGGAAAGCUUCCUUCACACUUGAGUAGAGAAGGGCUGAUUCUCUUCUCCGGAGGGCGGGCUACUGCUCGUGAUCUGGUCAAGAAAAGGUUAAAAAAGUUCAAUGAAGUUUUCGAUGAGAUGUAUGGGAAGCAGUCAGGUUGGGUCAUGCCGGAGCGAGAUCUGAGGGAGAAGACAUGUCAGCUUAUAGUGCAAGCUGUGGUCCCUGUUUACCGGAGUUACAUGCAGAAUUACGGCCCCUUGGUCGAGCAAGAAGCUAGCUCCACAAAAUAUGCAAAAUACACAGUGCAGAAGCUGGAGGAGAUGCUUUCAUGUCUUUAUCGGCCAAAGCCUGUGAGACAUGCCAGUUUGAGGGGUCGGCAGUUCAGCGGAAAAUACGGCAAUGGAAUGCCAGAUCUUCGUCGUACAGCUUCUGCAGUUGUGUAGUUUCCUAAUCCUAUUUAUCGAAAAGGGGUAAACAUUUGAUUAUCUCUCAUCUCCUCAGAUUGAUUGGCUACUGUAUAUAAUUUUACUGAGCCCUGCCGUGCAUAUUACUUUCUAUGAUUCUGAGAAGUGAAGUUUCUGAGUAUUGCCAUUCAAAUAUCUGAUGUAUUUCCAUGAAAAUGGAAUUUUGUAUCUUCUGAGAUUGAAAAAAACAAAAAAAGGAAACUGGUUAAUGUGUCUCCCCCAGAUGGAGGUUUCUGCUAAAGUUAUGCAAUCCUCAUCAAUAAAACAUGGACCUUUCCAUUUAGGUUCAUUGGUCAUACACCCAGCUAAAGUAAUUUCUUCUCUUUUGCUCUCUCUUUCAUUUUCAUAUUUAUCCAUUAUUCAGUUGUGUUUAGCAGCAGGGUCGUUGUAUGCAGAUUUUAUGUACAACUUUUUUAGCUUAGUGUUAACAGAAUAUUCAGUCAUCAAUGUUGUAGAGGGUGAAGUUAAACUGUAGAAUGUAAAUGCAGAAACCCGUUUUAAAGGGAGUUAGCCUCAGCAGACUAGGUUAUUCUCAAAUCUCAA